AAUAAGUCAAGAUUUUGUGCCCCGAACCCGACGACAGUAGUCCGUAAAUCCCCAAACUACAACAAAAGUAAGAGACGGAAAAUCGAUAAUCAAAGACAGAAGCACCGUAAAAAAUGGCGGAGAAAUUGGCACCGGAAAAACGUCACAGUUUUUACCAUGGAAGUCAGAAGGUAUUUGAAUGGGAUCAGACAUUAGAUGAGGUGAAUAUGUACAUCACUUUGCCUAAUGGAGUUCCAACCAAGUUGUUUUACUCCAAGAUUCAGUCGAAACAUAUCGAAGUUGGAAUCAAAGGCAAUCCUCCUUAUAUGAAUCAUGAUUUGGCUUCACCUGUAAAGACUGAUUCUUCUUUCUGGACUAUAGAGGAUGAUAUAUUGCACAUUACUCUGCAAAAAAGGGAUAAAGGUCAGACAUGGUCAUCUCCGAUAGAAGGUCAGGGUCAGCUUGACCCAUAUGCGGCAGAUAUUGAACAGAAGCGCCUCAUGCUUCAGAGGUUUCAGGAGGAGAACCCAGGAUUUGACUUCUCUCAGGCCCAGUUUUCAGGGAACUGUCCUGAUCCCAGAACGUUCAUGGGCGGCAUAAGAUCUGAUUAGCGGCCAUAUGUUUUUUCUAGUGAACAUGUACAAUUGUACAUUAAGUCUCUCAAACCCUGACUCUUAGGUUGUGUUUGAUAACACAUAUUGAUUUAGUGCCGAAUGAUUCUAAAACCUGAAUGGUUUAAAGACUCUGAAUAAACUUGGUUCUGAAUGAAAAUAGUAUGUUUGAUUUC